AUGAAGCGCAGAUCAGAUCAAGUUGACGAUUUGGAGGUCGCUGAAAAAGGCAAACGGCGAGCACCGAGCCACCAAGAUCGCUUUCGAGAAGGGCUGUUUGGCGGAUCUGUCUUGGACGAAUAUAGAAGGAGCUAUGCCACCUCUAAGCCAUACCGUCACGGCGUCAUCCAAAGCCUCAUCUCUCCCGCACUCCUUCGCAGCGUGCGCUCCGAAAUCCAGAACCUUUCCUUCACUCCCAAAGAAACGGACAUCUACAAGAUCCACCAAUCUGGGGACUUGGCAAAUCUUGAUGGCCUGGAUGACUCCUCUCUCAAGCUUCUGCCUUCACUACUCACACUCCGCGAUGCCAUGUACUCCUCAGAUUUCCGGGAGUACCUAUCCACCGUUACAGACUCUGGUCCGCUCUCUGGGAAAAAGACGGACAUGGCGAUCAAUGUCUAUACACCUGGCUGUCACUUACUAUGUCACGACGACGUCAUUGGAAGUCGAAGAGUUAGCUAUAUCCUCUACCUGACGGAUCCAGAUACACCUUGGAAGGAAGAGUGGGGCGGCGCAUUGCGCUUGUAUCCCACACAAACCUACACUGAGGACGAUGGAGAGGUCACCAAGGUCCCAAGUCCGGACUAUAGUGUCUCCAUACCGCCGGCAUUCAACCAAUUGAGCUUCUUUGCCGUGCAGCCAGGCGAAAGCUUUCACGAUGUACAGGAGGUCUACGCUGAGGAUGAGGAGAUAGAUAAAGAGAAGGCCGGUGGGAGGGCCAGAAUGGCAAUAAGUGGAUGGUACCACAUACCACAAGAAGGUGAAGAUGGUUACGUCGAGGGUUUAGAAGAACGGCUGGCGGACAAGAGCAGCCUCAUGCAAUUACAAGGCAAAGGAGACAAGUAUGAGCUUCCAAAAUCGAAUUUCGAGCUCUACAAGAAGUCUGCAGAGAGCAGUGGCGACAUUGGUCUACCGACCCCAUCGUCACAGGAGGACCCUGCUCUUUCGGAAGAGGACCUCAAUUUCCUCCUAAAGUAUAUCGCUCCCACGUACCUUACGCCAGAUACCCUCGAAUCAGUCUCCGGGAUUUUCGCUGAGGAGUUUUCCCUUUGUCUUGAUACCUUCCUAUCCCACAAGUUCUCUGACUCAGUCCGGGACUACAUUGAAUCUCAGGAAUCGCAGACACUACCAAGCGAGUCCACCGAAAUUGAGAAAACGACAUCAUGGGCUGUUGCCAGGCCGCCACACAAGCAUCAUUUUCUUUUCCAAAAAGCUAGCUCAAGCGAGCGCCGAGAAUCUCCGCUUCUUGACUUGCUAGAAGAUCUUUUGCCUUCUGAAGCUUUCCAGAAGUGGCUUUCUCUCGCGACAGGCCAGACUAUUAUGUCACAUAAUUUACUUGUUCGGCGUUUUAGGCGAGGACGGGAUUACACGCUUGCUACUGGGUAUGAGGAACACGCCCCGCGUAUCGAGCUUUGUCUGUCCAUUACGCCUACUUCCGGAUGGGGAGAUGACGAGAAUGCUGAGUCAGAGAAAGAUACUAAUAAGGAAGUCGCUGUCAAGGAAAAAGAUGAAGCUGAGGAAAUCACUACCACAGCGGACGAGCCUAGUGUAGGCGGCUACCUCGCCUACAUGGCCGGCGAAGAUGAGGACGACCCUGACCAUGACGAAGGGGGCAGCGACCAUGGUGUCGAAGUUCCGUUCGACAUGAGCACUGGAGCUCGGUCCACAAGAGCCGCUAACCCUAAGAAGUCAAAGCAAGAUCCAGCCAUCUACCAAGCCAGCGGCGACGAUGACGAGGAUGGCGUCCUUUUCAGUAUGCCCGCGGGCUGGAAUCGUCUGGGUAUAGUCUUGAGGGACAAAGGAACCAUGCGCUUCGUCAAGUAUGUGAGCCGGAUGGCGAAGGGUGAUAGAUGGGAUUUGGUUGGAGAAUUCGACGUUCUCGACGAUGAGAGCGACGAGGAAGAUGAUAAAGGCAAAGUAAAUGAGACAGGGGUUAGGAGUGAAGCUGAUGAUGGAACUCACGAAGAUGAGGAUGAUGAUGACAGUGAUGACAAUCAUGAAGAUUCUUCUACUGAGCAUAGUGAUUAG